AUGUUCCGUAAUUUAAAAUUAAUAAAACCAGAUUUAAAUCCAUCUUCAAUUUUGAUUGACUUCGAAAAAGCAGUGAUGAAUUCUAUUAAAACCGAAUUUCCUCAAACAAAAAUUCAAGGCUGUUUUUUCCAUUUAAGUCAAGCCUUAUGGAGGCAUUUUCAAGAAUAUGGUUUACAAACUCAAUAUUGUAACGACCCUGUAUUUGCUCUGGAGUUGAAGAAAUUGGCUGCUCUCGCUUUCGUUCCAAUAGAAAAGGUAAUAGAAUACUUUGAAGGUCUUUUAGAAAAUGAAUUUUAUAGAAAAAAUGAAGAGCUGUUGUCGCCACUAAUAUCUUACUUCGAAUGUACUUGGAUUGGAAGUUUAGACAGGAGAGGAAAACGAAGAUCUCCCUUAUUGCAAUUGAUCUUUGAAUUGCUUUAA